CCUUAUCAACUGUCUGGGAAUGGCUGACAACGUUUAUCCAAGCGCUCGCAGACGGCUAGAAUUCAACAUGGCAUUGAUGCAGGCUGCCUCAUUCGACGCCUAUCCUGUGACACCUUCCCGAAGCGUUGCCUUCGCUUAGUUGAAAUUAAUGCGCGUAGAAUGUUACAACAAAAAUACACACAGAACCUUGAUGAGUGGAAGACAGCGUAAAAGUAGGCUUGGGGCGCUUAAACAACAACUAAAGGCUGCCCCUGGCCGUCCGUCAGGUUCAACAAAUGACGCUGUCAGCAAUAGCAUUAGAACAAUUGAUGAUGGGCGCAUCGUUUCGCUGGCGACAGUGCGGACAGGAGCGCCACCGUUGUCUGCGGUCACACUAGCUCAGCCUCUGUCCGUUGAGCUAUCUGGCGACAAGUACGAUGUCAACUAUGGCGGGGACGCGGCAUCAGGACGCGAUGUCUGCUUCGACGCUGGCGACGAGCCGGAAACCUUACAUGAAAGCUUGCAGGCGCCAGUCACAGGCACAGUCUCAGCUACGAUCUCGGUUAUGGACGACCAGGAUCCUUUUGCGGUAUUCGGUUGCUGCGACAUCUCCGGAUGUCCCCACCCUCCCCAGUCUGGUGGCGUCGCAAGCCUGACGACUUUCCUGGCGCAGAUUUUCCCUGACAGCGCGCUGAAACCUGUGGCAACUACACGCCAGAAAUCCGUCUACUGCCUCCCAGCCGACCACAAAAUGAAGCAAUUCGUCCUCACUACCUUCCAAACUAUUACCUUUGCCGACGGCGUGCAUGUCAUCUCGUAUUGCACGUGCAAUCCAACUUGGCGCGACAAGGCGUCUGUGUUCGAGUGCGACACGAGUCCGUGCACCCGCGCAGCCAGCCUCGCCGCGCUGGGCCACGCGUGCCCGCACGCCCGGGCUCUGCAGCCGGGCCUUAGCCGCCUAGGCCCAGGUGGCGGUGGCGGAGGCGCCAAUGCCAGCGGCAGCAGCCCACCUGGCGACGGAGGGCCCGGGGCUGGCGGCUCUUGGCCGCAGCAGGUGAGCUGGACUACGACCAGCGGGCUUAUUGCGGGUAAGUAUGACUACCUGGGUGACGGCAACCACGCGACGCUCGGUAAAUUGGUGAGCUCGACUACGACCAGCGGGCGGGAUGAUGACCACGCCAGCAUGGCUGCUGCUGCCGGCGGCGGCGGAGGAGGAGGCGGAGGCAACGUGCGCAGUGAGCGCGGCGGCGCUACGCAGCCGGGCCUUAGCCGCCUAGGCCCAGGUGGCGGUGGCGGAGGCGCUGAUGCCAGCGGCAGCAGCCCACCUGGCGACGGAGGGCCCGGGGCUGGCGGCUCUUGGCCGCAGCAGCACGCCCGCGCAAGCACCGCCACGGGGCAUGACCACGCCAGCAUGGCUGCUGCUGCCGGCGGCGGCGGAGGAGGAGGCGGAGGCAACGUGCGCAGUGAGCGCGGCGGCGCUGCGCAGCCGGGCCUUGGCCGCCUAGGCCCAGGUGGCGGUGGCGGAGGCGCCAAUGCCAGCGGCAGCAGCCCACCUGGCGACGGAGGGGCCGGGGCUGGCGGCUCUUGGCCGCAGCAGCACGCCCGCGCAAGCACCGCCACGGGGCAUGACCACGCCAGCAUGGCUGCUGCUGCCGGCGGCGGCGGAGGAGGAGGCGGAGGCAGCGUGCGCAGUGAGCGCGGCGGCGCUGCGCAGCCGGGCCUUGGCCGCCUAGGCCCAGGUGGCGGUGGCGGAGGCGCCAAUGCCAGCGGCAGCAGCCCACCUGGCGGUGGAGGGGCCGGGGCUGGCGGCUCUUGGCCGCAGCAGGCUACCGUCAUUGUCGUCAUUGGCCUGCUGUCAAUGAUGAUCACGGUGUUUUGCAAAGUAAUGCGCCGUCUCAUGGGCGCGUCGCAGGACAAGUUGCCGGCGCGUGGUGCAGUGAAAGCGUCCGCUGCGGCAAGAGGGUACGGCUUCUUUAUCAACAAGCGCGCAGUGUUUCAGGAAGCAUGGCUAAAUUUUGUGGCGCUACAAGAACCCAACUAUGACGCAGCUUUUAGGUGUCGGUGUCCAAGUGACCAGUGCAUGUUCGUGAUUGCUGAUGGAAUCCUACUGGGCGUGCGCAAGGAGAAGAGCCAUCUUCGCAAGCCGUGGGGGCCACCGGUGAGCGAACCGUGGCGGCCUGGAUCACUACAUCGGCAGCGAUCUCUGUUGCCGCGACAUGCCGCAAAGAUCCUGCAGCGCAUGUGUACUGGAGAUCAGCCUACAGUGACGUCAGCUGAAUACAAGUCCCUGCUGACGGAGGUAGACAAGAAGUGCAUGGAUUUGAAGCCAUACAUAGCAUGCUAUGCUCCGGCAGGGGAUGCCGGAGGCACAGACGUGUCGGAGGCUUCACCGCAACUGCAGUCACUUCUACUGGCAGCUGCGUCAGAGAGCCCUGUGUGUGCCUACGUGCCUGGUAUUGUCCAUUCCCUGAUUGAUGCCAUCCUGGAGGUUUCCGUCCCAACGCCCCAGUCAUUAAUACAGCUGACUGCUUCAGCUCCCCUGCUGGGGCCAUUUGUUUCACGAGAAUGCAACAGGAAUGGGGGGGCGCUGCCGUUGCGUGCACAAAAGCUUUUGCGCCUCCUCUUAUCUGUUGCCCGGAAAGCUUAUCAGCGAUCAGAUGAUCAGGUGUAUGUGGCAGGCACGACUCCCAGAUCCCCCAAAGAUGUGUUCUCAAAUGUGGAUUCGGCUCUUGAAGGCCCAGCAGGGGCACCACCACAAGGGCCCGGGGCGGCUGGCUUGGCGGGGACAGCGGCACCGGCAGGCGCAGCAGGGGCGCCACCACGAGCGCCUGGGGCGGCAGGCACAAAACGCAAGGCAGCCCCUGCAGGCGCAGCAGGGGCGCCACCACAAGGGCCUGGAGCGGCUGGCUUGGCGGGGACAGCGGCGCCGGCAGGCGCAGCAGGCGCGCCACCACAAGGGCCUGGAGCGGCUGGCUUGGCGGGGACAGCGGCGCCGGCAGGCGCAGCAGGGGCGCCACCACAAGGGCCUGGAGCGGCUGGCUUGGCGGGGACAGCGGCGCCGGCAGGCGCAGCAGGGGCGCCACCACGAGCGCCUGGAGCGGCUGGCUUGGCGGGGACAGCGGCGCCGGCAGGCGCAGCAGGGGCGCCACCACGAGGGCCUGGAGCGGCUGGCUUGGCGGGGACAGAGGCGCCGGCAGGCGCAGCAGGGGCGCCACCACGAGCGCCUGGAGCGGCUGGCUUGGCGGGGACAGAGGCGCCGGCAGGCGCAGCAGGCGCGCCACCACAAGGGCCUGGAGCGGCUGGCUUGGCGGGGACAGCGGCGCCGGCAGGCGCAGCAGGGGCGCCACCACGAGCGCCUGGAGCGGCUGGCUUGGCGGGGACAGCGGCGCCGGCAGGCGCAGCAGGGGCGCCAACACAAGGGCCUGGAGCGGCUGGCUUGGCGGGGACAGCGGCGCCGGCAGGCGCAGCAGGGGCGCCACCACAAGGGCCUGGAGCGGCUGGCUUGGCGGGGACAGCGGCGCCGGCAGGCGCAGCAGGCGCGCCACCACGAGGGCCUGGGGCGGCUGGCGGAAGCAAUACAGGCUCUCCCGAACAGGAAUUCAUGACUUCUGGGUUUUACUACCCUAGCAGGCCUUGGUUGAAGCACCUGGGGCACUACUUCUCGGAUCGCCGCACGCAGAUAACUGGCAAGCAGCGUUGCACCAAGUACAAGUACGACUCAAAGAACCUGUCGCCUGGGCUCUUUGUGAUGCACUGCCUCAACUGCGGUGUGUGCCUGGGCUUUCACAUGUUGGAGAAUGCGGAGUCCCCCCAGGCCCUGUUUGAGGUCCUGUACACCCGGUGGCCACAGCCACCCAAGGUGGUGGUGUACGACAACAACUGCCACGCGCAUGCGUACUUCCUGAACCGGGAGCCGGAGUGGGUCACAAACACAUUGUUUGUGAUCGACAAAACACAUUUCCGGGGUCAUACGGGAUGCUGCAAAGCAUAUGACAUCGCGCGCUACAGCUCGCUGGUGAGCCUCAACUCCCAGUUAGCUGAGCAGCGCAACGCCAAGCUGGCAAUGCUCAAGUCUCACUGCGCCUACAUGUCGCAGCCGCUAUUCCUCGUGUAUGUGCGGCACUUUCUGUACAUGACCGACAAGCUGAGCAAGCGCGCUGAGAAUGCACGCUAGUUUUGAGGCCGGUAUGCACAAUGGGUGCGGUUGUGCGUAUUUGACCUGUGUGGAAGGGUUGCCGAUAGCAGUCACGCCGUAGCUGGCAGGCCGUAGCUGUGUGGCCCGGUGUAUUGUGGGCCGUGGUGUUGUGAGGCCGCUUUGGACAACGAGAGCGCAGCUGUCAUCACGCUAAGAGGUUGGAGAGUGUGGGAAGGAGGCGCGGUAUAUAUAUAAUACCCCCUUCAACGGACAAAAUAAUUCCAGUGAAGGUGUAUACGGUAUAGCUGACGGGCUGCAAAUUACAUGCUCAGUCGCGACAUGGAAUUGGUAGUAUGCCCGGUAACUACCGUACAGUACAUGGCAGUACCGGCUGCAACUUGAUUGUUGAAUGCCGAGGUCUGGGAGUACGCUGCACGCUACGGAGGUAUGCCAACCUGCCCCUUGCGGCCUUGCCAUGCCGCCCUCCACAAGGGGAGACCUAAGGGUGUCAUAGCGAGCUCGGCGCCAGUGGGGCAUGGACUGCCGAUGAAUUGGACUGCCAGCCCCGGAGUACCGGUAAUCCAGCCCCUGCACAUGGGAAAGCGGGCUGGGAAAGCGGGCUGGGGGGGCACAACGAGCUGGGAGGCAUCACGAGUCGGCCUGACCCUACCAGCUCCAUCCCGCAUUCCUGUGUAACGGAUGGGGCGCCCGGCGCCAAGAAAUUGUGCUUGCAGGUUUUGCGGCAAACCGUGCAUAGCACUGAUCUACCCUCACCUCCUGCAUUCUCUGGGCACAUGUCUUGACUUUGCGUUUUUGGUGUGUCCGUGUGUGUAUGUGUGUGUGGCCUUGACGCCAGCAGCUAAGGCUGCACGUAUUGCUGAGUAGGAGUAGUACACAUCCUUGCGGUAUCUGCCUUUUGCCAGUCGUGUUAAGCGGCAGGCAAGGCUAGCGUUGGCCAGCUAGGAAUACGGCGGGCGCGCUUGGUAGGCUUAGUAGUUCAGUUGCGACAGCAGCCAUGUAGUCCCCUUGAGGCCCGAGCUCUGUGCUAGGAUAGCGGGUAAGCCUCGUCCUGUCUUCUUAGUAAAUCAU